AUGGUAUUCUUACCUGAUCCAAAAUUCGGCCGUUUGGGCCACAUCCCAGACAACAUCCCCAUCAGCGAAUUUAUGUUGAAUGAAGAGUAUGGCCGUCUACCUCAUAGUCAAUCACGAGACCCAUAUACAUGCGGCCUCACGGGGAAAACAUACUCCUCAAGGCAGGUAGCCGACCGGGUCGACCACAUUGCGCGAGGGUUGGCAAAAGAAUUCAAUUGGUCUCCAAAUAAGGGCACCGAAUGGGACAAGACUAUCGCGGUCUUUACUUUGAAUACGAUUGAUUCUUUGCCAUUAUUCUGGGCGGUACAUCGAUUGGCAGGCUUGGUGUCUCCAGCUAAUGCGGCAUAUUCUGCGGAAGAGCUGAAACACCAGCUUUUGGACUCCAACGCAAAAGCUCUCUUUACUUGCGCUCCUCUGCUCCCCGUUGCAUUGGACGCAGCGGCUCUGGCGAAAUUUCCCGAAGACCGCAUAUAUCUCCUCGAUAUCGCUGAAGAUGGCAAGCAGCUUCCAGCUUUAGAGCCAUUGAACUGGGGCCCAGGGAAGGAGCUCGCCGGGUUGCAUUCCUGUGCUAUUCUAAAAGGAGUCAAGAUUGCGCACCGUAACGUCAUUGCAAAUGUUCUGCAAGAUGCGGUAUAUGAGAAGAGCUACCGUGAUCAGCUUGCUAAGGCUAAUGGCCAGCCAAAUUACACCGAGGUGGCCUUGGGCCUUCUACCCCAAAGUCAUAUAUAUGGGUUGGUGGUGAUUUGCCAUGCGGGAGCAUACCGUGGAGAUCAAACAAUUGUCCUUCCGAAGUUCGAGUUGAAGACUUUUCUAGCUGCGAUCCAGAACUUCAAGAUAAACACGUUGUUCCUCGUUCCACCAAUCAUUAUCAACAUGCUUCGAAGCCGAGACGUCUGUUCCAAGUAUGACCUGAGCUCCGCUACUAGUAUAUUUACGGGGGCGGCUCCAUUAGGCGCAGAAACAGCUGCAGACUUCCGAAAGACAUACCCCAACAUCAUUGUUCGACAAGCAUAUGGGCUCACGGAAACAUCUACUCUCGCCUGUGCUACCCACCCCCACGACAUCAUGCUUGGCUCCUCUGGCUGUCUUAUCCCGGGCUACGAGGCUCGCCUCUUGUCUCCAGAAGGACAAGAAAUUACUAGCUACGAUACGCCGGGGGAAUUGGUACUCCGCUCCCCAAGUGUCGUACUCGGCUACCUUAACAAUGAGAAAGCAACAAAAGAAACAUUUGAAGACGGAUGGAUGCGGACCGGCGAUGAAGCAGAAGUCCGCGUCGGACCCAAGGGAACCGAGCACAUUUUUAUUGUGGAUCGUAUCAAAGAGCUGAUUAAGGUCAAGGGACUGCAAGUGGCACCAGCUGAGCUCGAAGCUCACCUUCUUACCCACGACGCUGUCGCGGACUGUGCUGUAAUUGCCAUUCCAGAUGACUCUGCCGGCGAAGUUCCCAAGGCUAUUGUAGUCAAGACAGGGUCUGCCGGCACUGAUGAUGAGGCGAGCAAGGCUAUCAUCAAGUAUGUCCAAGAUCACAAGGCACGUCACAAGUGGCUUAAGGGCGGCGUGAGAUUUGUAGACGCCAUUCCUAAAAGCCCGAGUGGGAAGAUUUUACGGCGUAUGCUUCGGGACCAAGAGAAGGAAUUGCGGAGAAAGGCGAGCGCUAAGCUUUAA